GCGGAGCAUAAUAUCGCCAUCUCCCUUAUCCCGUCGCUCCUCUCGAGCAAAUUAUCAAACAGCUUGUCUUCACCGAGGAGGAGCGAAUGGCUCUCCUUCCCAGCGCCCACAUCGCGGAGCUCCCUUCACACAGCUCCUUCCCUCUUUGCUCCCGCCCGCUCUCUCUCUCCCUCUGGCUUCCCCGCUGCCGAUUCCACCGCUUCCGCUUCUCCGCAGCUUCGUCGUCCUCCGUCCGCCUCGCUGAGCGCGGGGGCGGUGAUUCCGAUGCACGGAGCUCCUCCGGAAACCCAAGGCUACCGUGGGAAGACAACGACGAGGAUGGCAGGCUACCCAGUGGUAGCACGAAUCCCCCUUUCCGCUCCGCUCCCUGGUUGCAGCAGUGGGAUCCUCCUGAGUCGUCUACAUCCCAGGCUCCUGCAAAGAGGAAGCCGAAAGAGCCCGACGUUGGCCGAGGCGGCUCCAUUGAGAGGAUCGUGUAUCGGCUGCGUAACCUCGAACUCAGUUGCGAGGAAGUAGAGGGCGUGGACGGAGACAGCAAAGAGACGCCUUUGAGCGGAAAAGAGAGGUUGGGUGAGCUUCUAGAGCGCACCUGGAGCCGUCCGCACACGUGCCAAAUGGUGGAUCGAAUUCUUCUGCCGUGGGAGAGGGAAGACGACAGAGGGUUUGUGGAGGAAGAGGUUACGAAGGGAGAAAAACGAAAGAGACUGAGGGCGCCAACUUUAGCAGAGCUCACCAUAGAGGAUUCUGAGCUGCGGAGGCUCAGGCGGCUGGGAAUCAUGCUGAGAGAAAGAAUCACUGUGCCGAAAGCUGGUGUCACGCAGGCCAUUACUGAGAAGAUUCAUGAUGCAUGGAGGAAGUCGGAGAUAGUUCGGUUAAAGUUUCACGAGGAUUUGGUCCAUGAUAUGAAGACAGCUCAUGAGCUUGUUGAGAGUAGGACUGGAGGAUUGGUUAUUUGGAGAUCUGGUAGUGUUAUGGUGGUCUAUCGGGGUAGCAACUAUAAACGUCCUUCUAGAACUCAAUUGCCAGAUGUGCAAAACAAUCAGACAUUAGUAUCAAAUGAAACUGAGUCAUUAUUUAUUCCAGAUGUUUCAGAAACCACCACAUUGGUCGAGAAUGUUGAUCAUUCUGUAACCUCAAAACCUGUAACUUCAAGUUCAUUUGAUUUAAACCUUAAGCAUGAAAAAAAUCUGGCAGAAGAGGAAGUGGAGUUUAACCACUUGCUUGAUGGGUUAGGUCCUCGGUUUGUUGAUUGGUGGGGAACUGGGAUUUUACCUGUAGAUGCUGAUUUAUUACCUCAAAAUAUUCCUGGUUUUAGAACACCUUUUAGACUUCUGCCUUCUGGUAUGCGAGCACGCCUUACCAAUUCAGAGAUGACCAACUUGAGAAAGCUAGCGAAGAGACUUCCUUGUCAUUUCGCCCUUGGGAGAAACAGACACCAUCAUGGUUUGGCAGAUGCUAUUCUGAAGAUUUGGGAAAAAAGUUUAGUUGUGAAAAUUGCAGUGAAAAGGGGAGUUCAAAAUACCAACAAUAAACUAAUGGCUGAAGAGCUGAAGGCUUUGAUUGGAGGAACCUUGCUUCUUCGAAACAAGUAUUACAUUGUUAUUUAUCGUGGGAAGGAUUUUAUUCCGGCUUCUGUAGCCACUGCUUUGGCUGAAAGGGAGGAACUGACAAAGGAAAUCCAAGAUGCAGAGGAGCAACUGCGGAAAAGAACGAUUGGAGAACCUAGUGUAAACGCACCUGAGGGGGAUGCACCUGUUGGUACUUUAGCUGAGUUUCUCGAGGCUCAAGCACGGUGGGGAAGACAAAUAUCCACUGAAGAGCGUGAUGCAAUGAAAGAAGAAGCUUCAAGAUAUAAAACAACCAAGCUUUUUAAAAGGGUUGAACAUAAACUAUCCAUUGCUCAAGCAAAGAAGGCAAGAGCUGAGCAAUUGCUUACUAAGAUUGAAGCAUCAAUGGUUCCUGUCAAUCCAUGUGAGGACCAGGAAACAAUCACUGAUGAAGAAAGAUCUGUGUUUCGCAGAAUCGGUUUGCGAAUGAAGGCAUACUUGCCACUUGGAAUCCGUGGUGUUUUUGAUGGUGUGAUCGAGAAUAUGCACUUGCAUUGGAAGCAUAGGGAAUUGGUUAAGCUAAUUUCUAAGCAGAAAACCUUAGCUUUUGUUGAGAGCACAGCAAGACUCCUCGAAUACGAGAGUGGUGGUAUUUUAGUUGCAAUUGAGCCUGUCCCCAAAGGUUAUGCACUUAUUUAUUAUCGUGGGAAGAAUUAUCAACGACCUAUUAGCUUGCGCCCUAGAAAUCUUUUAACAAAGGCAAAAGCAUUGAAGCGUGCAAUAGCAAUACAACGCCAUGAGGCCCUUAGCCAACAUAUAGUCGAGCUUGAGAAAAACAUAGAAGUAAUGAAGGAGGAACUGGUAUGUGCCAAUGGAAUCUCUGAAAAUGAGGAAAUAGCUGCUACUGGCACAAAUACAAUGCAGUCCGACGAUGAGUCGUCAUUUCAGAUGGAAGAUGAAGAUGCUUCUCUUGAUUCUGAUGAUGAAGAAGACGUCAGUGAUUUCUAUGAUUCUGAAGACGAGGAGGAUGAAGCUUCAAGAGAUUGAAGUGUCUUCGAGUAAUACUCAAUCAAGAUAUUAAAUGUCAUCCUGAAGGUGUUGUUGGAGCCUUCUUGAAGGUUAAGGGAAUCUUUAAACAAAGCUACUGUAUGCAUUGCGGAAGCAGCUGCUAAUCUCCAAGAUUGGCCACCAAAGGAACCUAUGCAAUAGCUCAUCAAGUCUGUAAAUUGUAAAUCCAUCUGCAGUAAAUUUGUUCUUCAUUUUUGUACUUUCCUCUGAUGAUUUGAGGUCUGUUUUUAUACUUAUUUUGUCGCUGGUACUAGUCAUCGCUGUCCUAGUUCCCCCUUAAUUGGGUUCUUAUUCACCAACAUGUGACAAUUUUAAUUGACAACUUAUUGAGGUCUGAUAAUUUUUUUGGGUGAA